AUGCGCAGAAGAAGAAAAAGCUUACCUAGAGCGGACCGGCGUGAGCAGCUGCGGCGGCCAAUGGGAUUGGAGGCUGGGAGAGACCAUGAAGCUGAACAUAGAUGGACUACUUGUUUAUUUCCCCUACGAUUACAUCUACCCGGAGCAGUAUUCUUACAUGCUGGAACUGAAGAGGACAUUGGAUGCCAAGGGUCAUGGCGUUCUGGAAAUGCCAUCGGGCACCGGGAAGACCAUCUCCCUCCUGUCUCUGAUUGUGGCCUACCAGCGGGCUUAUCCCCUGGAAGUGACCAAGCUCAUUUACUGCUCCCGAACGGUGCCAGAGAUUGAAAAGGUCAUCGAGGAACUACGCAAACUCCUGGAUUUCCACGAGAAGCAGACGGGAGACAAGCUGCCCUUCUUGGGCUUGGCACUUAGCUCCCGGAAGAACCUCUGCAUCCACCCGGAGGUGAGCGCCUUUCGCUUCGGGAAGGAGGUGGACGGGAAGUGCUUCAGCCUAACUGCUUCCUACGUACGGGCUCAGCAGCAGCGAGACAGCAGCGUCCCCUCUUGCCGCUUCUUUGAGGAAUUUGAUGCCCACGGGCGGCAGGUGCCUCUCCCAUACGGCGUGUACAAUCUCGACGACUUGAAGGCCUUCGGUCGCCAGAAAGGAUGGUGCCCCUACUUCCUUGCACGAUACUCGAUCCUUCACGCCAACAUCGUGGUGUACAGCUACCACUACCUCCUGGACCCCAAGAUCGCCGACCUGGUCUCUAAAGAGCUGGCCAAGAAAUCCGUCGUCGUCUUCGACGAGGCUCACAAUAUCGACAAUGUCUGCAUCGAUUCCAUGGGCGUCAACAUCACACGCAAGAUGCUGGACCGGUGCCAGGGGAACGUGGCCACGCUCCAAGCCAGCAUCCAGAAGAUCAAGGAAACUGAUGCUCAGAAGCUGAAGGAGGAAUACCGGCGCCUGGUGGAAGGUUUGCGGGAGGCGAACGUCGCCCGCGAAACGGACGUCUAUUUGGCCAACCCGGUGCUGCCCGACGAGGUCCUCCAAGAGGCCGUCCCGGGCAACAUCCGGACCGCGGAGCACUUUGUGGGCUUCUUGAAACGCUUCCUGGAGUACCUGAAGUCUCGCUUGCGGGUGCAUCACGUCGUCCAGGAGAGCCCCCCGUCGUUCCUGAAGGACAUCUUCGAGAAGGUCUGCAUUGAGCGCAAACCCCUUCGAUUCUGUGCAGAGCGACUCCGCUCCCUUCUUCGAACGCUGGAAAUCGCCGACAUCUCCGAUUUCUCCCCCAUCACUCUGAUUUCCAAUUUCGCCACCCUGGUCAGCACUUACUCCAAAGGUUUUACUAUAAUCAUCGAACCGUUUGAUGACCGAACUCCCACCAUCACCAACCCCAUCCUGCACUUCAGCUGCAUGGACGCCUCCAUCGCUAUCAAGCCGGUCUUUGAGAGGUUCCAGUCGGUCAUUAUCACCUCAGGAACCCUUUCGCCGCUGGACAUCUACCCCAAAAUCCUGGACUUCAGGCCCGUCACCAUGGCAACGUUCACCAUGACCCUCGCCAGGACCUGCCUUUGCCCGAUGAUUGUGGGGAGAGGGAACGACCAGGUGACCAUCAGCUCCAAGUUCGAGACUCGCGAAGACAUUGCCGUGAUCCGCAACUACGGGAACCUGCUGCUGGAGAUGUCAGCCAUCGUCCCGGACGGCAUCGUGGCCUUUUUCACCAGCUACCAGUACAUGGAGAACAUCGUGGCCUCGUGGUAUGAGCAGGGGAUCCUGGAGAACAUCCAGCGCAACAAACUCAUCUUCAUCGAGACGCAGGACGGAGCGGAGACAAGCAUGGCCCUCGAGAAGUACCAGGAGGCCUGCGAAAAUGGACGGGGAGCCAUUUUACUGUCUGUGGCCCGGGGGAAGGUCUCUGAAGGGAUCGACUUUGUCCACCACUACGGGAGAGCCGUGAUCAUGUUUGGCGUGCCCUACGUCUACACCCAGAGCCGAAUCCUGAAGGCCCGCCUAGACUACCUGCGGGACCAGUUUCAGAUCCGCGAGAACGACUUCCUGACCUUCGACGCCAUGCGCCACGCGGCACAGUGCGUGGGGAGAGCCAUUCGUGGCAAGACCGACUACGGGCUGAUGGUCUUCGCUGACAAGCGCUUCGCGCGGGCGGACAAGCGGGGCAAGCUCCCCCGCUGGAUCCAGGAGCACAUCACCGACGCCAACCUCAACCUGACGGUGGACGAGGCCGUGCAGGUGUCCAAGUUCUUCUUGCGCCAAAUGGCCCAGCCGUUCCGCAAGGAGGACCAGCUGGGCCUGUCUCUCCUCACCUUCGAGCAGCUGCAGUCGGAGGAGACGCUACGCAAGGUGCAGGAAAUCGCCCACCAGGUGUGAGGCAAGCAGGAAGAGGAAGCUGAAAGCACAAAUUGG